AAAGGGGGUCGCUCGUUACUUUUGCAAAGCAAAUUAGAGUGUUUUUAUCAGGGGGAGUGUUGUCUGAAGUGGAUACAGCGGUCUCUGUUCUCUCCUCUCAAAACACAAGCGCGACACCUGAGCUCGAGGUUUUCUUACCUGGCUGGGUUGACAUCUCACUCACGUGACCGCCGUUCGCGGCCGCGAUUGGCUGUUUAAGCGAUAAUACAGGUGACCUCUGGCUCCGUACAUUUUCGCAGCUGUACGGCGCUUUGUUGCGGGGUCCCGGGCCCUUAAGAGAUACAAGUCAAGGAGCUAGCUCGCCAAAUUAAGGUCCGGGAGUGAAAUGACAAAGAGACACUUUCUUUCUGUAUUUUCUGCGUCGCCCAGGAAUCACAGGAGUCCCGCUUGCAUUGCCCGCGAAAGGUGAUUUCAGCACCCCAUCACCAUGCCGAGUCCGACCACAGACAGGAUGGAGUUCCAUCAGCCCUUCCAGGCAGCAGACAUCCUCAAGGCGCUAAAUGACAUGCGCGGAUUCAAGGUCCUCACUGACGUCAUACUGGCAGUAGAAGAAGAGGAGUUCCACUGUCAUCGGGCGGUCUUGGCGGCCAGUAGCCCCUACUUCACGGCCAUGUUUGCGGGGAACCUGCGGGAGAGCCGAGCGGAGAGAAUCAAGAUGGAGGGCAUCCCCUCCGACACCAUGCAGCUUCACCUGGACUACGCCUACACCGGCCGCGUCACCAUCACCCGGGACAACGUCUUCCAACUCUUCGAAACCUCCGACUUGCUGCAGGUCUUGCCCGUCAAAGACGCUUGCCUGACAUUCCUAGAGAGGAUUCUGGACGUAUCGAACUGCAUAGAGAUCCGCAAACUCGCCGAGAUCCACUCGUGCGACUCGCUGUUUCGCAAGGCGAGGGACUUGGCGCGGAGUAGGUUCUCCAAAGUCAUCAAAACGGAGGAGUUUCUGCAGCUUCCCAAACAGUACCUGGUGGACUACCUCUCCGACGACGAAUUGAACACGGAAAACGAGGAGGAGAUCUACAAGGCGAUCAUAAGGUGGAUCAAGUUCGAUCGGGAGGGAAGAUCGCAGGAUCUGGAUCAGUUGAUCGAGCUGGUGCGCCUACCGUUCGUGACGCCCGAGUACCUCAUCUCCAAGAUCGCGCUGGACCCGCUGGUCUACAACUCCGACGGGUGCGUGCAACAGAUCUACGAGGCGCGGGCCUUCCAGAUCUCAGGCACGUACAGAAGAGCGGUGAAGACCAGGCAGAGACGACCGCGCAAGUGCAACUGUGUGGAAGUGAUGGUGGUGGUCUGCGGAGAGAAGAAGACUUUCAAGGGGUCGAGCAAGGCGCGGGAGGUGCCCUACUACGACCCCGUGCACCAGAGGUGGCGAGCUCUGGGUCCCGUGCCGUCGAAAGACCUCCAGGUCUCCAGUGCUGUCUCCACUGGCUACGACAUCUACAUCACAGGUGGGCUGGUCAACGACAAGGCUCGGAAGGACGCCAUGUGCUACGUGUCGUACCUGAACGUCUGGAAGCCCAUCGCGUCCAUGCUGCACCCGCGAUACCACCACGGCGCCGCGGUGCUCGACGGAAAGGUGUACGUCAUCGGCGGGUACGACGGGCAGCGGUGUCUGGAGGACGUCGAACGGUACGACCCAGACAACGACAAGUGGGAGCGGCUCGCGCCUCUGGUCCACGCCGUCAAGUGUCCCGCGGUGGCCGCCUACGACGGCAGGAUCUACGUCUUUGGAGGGUUCUAUGACGGGUACAACAUCUCCCGGCAGCUACAGUGCUACGAUCCGCACACCAACUCCUGGAGCGUGGUGGAGUCUAACAUGAUAGACUACACUUGCGCCCAUGCCGUUCGACUGGACAACCGGAUAUACUUACUAGGAGGCUCCUCCAAGACGGUGAAGGCUUACGACCCGUCGGACGACUCCAUCGUGCGCGUGGCCGACAUGAACAUCAAGCGGGAUAACUGCGGGGUGAGCGUGGUGGGCGGGAAGAUCUACGUGUCCGGGGGCGUCACGGAGUCGAACGGGCCCGCCCUGGACUGCAUCGAGUGCUACGAUCCGCGGAAGGACGAGUGGACGUUCGGCGGGCACAAGCUGCCGUGCCAGCUGUACCGACACGGCUUCGUCACAGUGCAGAUGUACAAGGAGGAUAUACACGCAGGGCAGACCUAGCGCAGAAAAAACAUGCUUCAUCAAAGAACAACCUUUCCUCAAUUCCUCUCUUUUCUUGCUCUUAAACUACAGAAAAGGCACAGUUUGUCAAAGGAGGUUAACUGUUAAUGUACAACUGUCUUGUCACCGAAAAUGCUGUGGUAGGUCCUUGUCCACAAUGCAACAAAACAUGCCGCACUGCAAAUGUGACGCCGAGCUAACUCUCAAUGAGACCAAUUAUUUCUCCAGAAUGAUUGCCUAGAGCUAAAUGUUGUAGAUUGCGAUACGUUAAGUUUCACCGGCAAAAUGCUACAAUUAGGUGAUCCCUGUAUGUGACUCCUUUGGAUUGUAACCAGUAUGAACCUAUAUCCAAGACUGAUUUUUGUAAGUAUAUGUUUAUAUAUUUGUACGGGUGAUAGUAAAUGUACAUGGAUGGCUUUAUGUUGGUAGGAAUGGAAACCGUGGGACAUGUGCUGGUAAAUUCAACUAUGAUGGAUUCUACAUUACGUGAUUUAUUCCUUUAUUAUAGUUAUUAUAUAAAUACACGUUAAGCAACACUACGAUGGCAUGUUCUAAAUGUCAGCUGGAAUGUGUUAAGUUGAAUCCUGAAGGAACAUGACAAUAUAGCCCUGAACCCACCGACAUGACAUUAAGGUGGUGGCAAAAUCGUGUGAAUGAUAAAGUUAUAGACUCGUAAGUGGAAUAAGACAAUGAAAAUAAAUACAUGUAUUAACUUAAUGUUUC